AUGGGCCCAUUUUUAAUCUCGCCGUCCCAAGGUCCCAAAUUCUCUCCCGUUGCGGGAGGCCGGAGGGGAGAAGUACAUCGACAUAAGCCGCAUAGAUGUCGAGAGGAGGCUGAGAUGAAGGUCGUCGGCCUGUACGAUAUCAACGCUGGAGAACGCGCUACAGAUUUCCAGCCUCUGCUCCACUCCCAAAAAGGAAGAACCAAGGGCGAAAUUAUCAAAACGGGGAAAAACUACGGACGCCGCUUGAACUGGGAAUUUGGGUUGUUUGCGCUGUGCGUUGUCGUCAUGUUAGGGGAAAAGUUCAUGGGCCUUAGAGGUCGCACCUUGAAUCUUGCUAUCAGUUCACUCGGCAGCCUCGAUUUCUUCCUUUUUGGCUACGAUCAGGGUGUAACAGGAGGCCUGUUAGAUCUUCCAUCGUUUAACAAAUACUUCCCCUCAAUCGAUCCUUUAGACCCUCUUAUCAAAAAUGACCCCGUUGCCCAAUCCCAGCGCAGUUCGAACCAAGGCAUCACAGUUGCCGCCUACAACUUAGGAUGUUUCCUGGGAGCUAUCCUCACUAUCUUCAUUGGGAAUCCGCUAGGUAGACGGAGAACAAUCUUCACAGGUUGCAUCAUCAUGUCUAUCGGGGCCUUGUUGCAAUGCACGUCAUAUCAUCUGCCGCAUUUAAUUGUUGGUAGAAUUGUCACCGGUAUUGGCAACGGGAUUAACACUAGUACCGUGCCAACAUGGCAAUCAGAAACUGCCAAAUCUCAUGAUCGUGGUAAAUUGAUUAUGAUUGAGGGCGCUCUGAUUACAGGAGGUAUUACUUUUAGUUACUGGGUUAACUAUGGUUUUGCAUGGAUUGGAGAAAAUGAGGUGGCAUGGCGGUUUCCCUUGGCCUUUCAGAUUUCUUUUGCGAUGAUCAUUUUCUGUUCCAUUCUCAACUUGCCUGAAUCUCCACGAUGGCUUGUCAUGCAGAACCGACAGGAUGACGCACUUGACAUUCUUGAGGCUCUUAACGACAUGCCCCGUGAAAACCCUGCUAUCAAAGCUGAGCUCGAGGCCAUCGAAGCCACCGUCCAGGAAAUGUCCAAGGGCUCAUAUAGAAGUCUCUUCCAAAUGAGUGAAUACCGUGAAUUCCAUCGCGUUGUCCUCGCAUACGUGGUCCAGAUGUAUCAGCAGAUAUCCGGCAUCAACCUUAUCACAUACUAUGCUCCUCAAUUGUACAGUCAAAUCGGUCUUGCCGGUAGCAAUCUUCCAAAAUUGCUAGCUGCUUGUAACGGAACGGAAUAUUUCAUGGCCUCCUUUAUCCCCAUCUACAUCAUCGAGAAAGUUGGACGUCGGCCUCUCAUGCUUUUCGGGGCGGCUGGUAUGUCCAUCUCCAUGGCGGUUCUUGCAGGUUCCAACUAUCGUUUGACGUACCUGGACGAUAGCAAAGCUGGUAUCGCACAGGCAAUCUUCCUUUUUGUAUUCAACACCUUCUUUGCCAUCGGCUGGCUUGGAAUGACGUGGCUGUACCCGGCAGAGAUUGUGCCCCUCCGAAUCCGUGCUCCAACCAAUGCACUGUCAACUAGUGCCAACUGGAUCUUUAACUUCAUGGUCGUGAUGAUCACACCCGUGGCAUUCGACAGCAUCGGGUACAAGACCUAUGUUAUCUUCGCUGUAAUAAACGCAUUUAUAUUUCCGACAGUAUACUUCUUCUUCCCCGAGACUCGAUAUCGCUCCCUCGAAGAGAUGGACAGCAUCUUCAAGAAGUCCACAAACGUUUUUAAUGCUGUUACCAACUCGAUCAAGGAGCCUUAUCGUUACAAUAAGCAUGGUCAGCUUAAACCGGAGUAUCUUGAAGACGCCAUCCGUUACAGGAGCACUAUCGACCACACGAUCCCUACAGCGGAACAUGACAGCGACACUACUUCUGAGUUCAAAGAUUAA